AUACUGCCUCUGGUGGAGUCUGCGUAGGACAGAGUAGCUGACUGGAACCUCCCAAGUCUCCCUUCCCAGGUCCAGCCCAGGCCCUCACCAUGUCUAUAACUGAAUCCGUUACAGAAAAUUUUGAGUACGAUGAGUCUGCUGAAGCUUGCUAUGUAGGGGACAUCGUGGCCUUUGGGAGUGUCUUCCUGUCCAUAUUCUACCCCCUUGUCUUUGCCUUUGGCCUGGUGGGAAAUUUGUUGGUGGUGUUUGCCCUCGUCAACACCCGCAAGACCAAGGGUAUCGCUGACAUUUACCUGCUGAACCUGGCCUUGUCUGAUCUGCUCUUUGUAGCCACUUUGCCCUUCUGGACUCACUAUGUGCUAAAUGAAGAAGGCUUCCACAAUGCCAUGUGCGUGCUCACUACCGCCUUCUUCUUCAUCGGCUUUUUUGCGGGCAUAUUCUUCAUCACCAUCAUCAGCUUUGAUAGGUACCUGGCCAUCGUCCUGGCCACCAACUCCAUGAACAACCGGACUAUGCAGCACGGUGUCACCAUCAGCCUAGGUGUCUGGGCAGCAGCCAUUUUGAUCGCGGCACCCCAGUUCAUGUUCACAAAGCAGAAAGAAAGAGAGUGCCUAGGUGACUACCCUGAGAUCCUCAGGGAUAUCUGGCCUGUGCUCCGCAACGUGGAAGCAAAUUUACUUGGCUUCCUGCUCCCCCUGCUCAUCAUGAGUUAUUGCUACUUCAGAAUCGUUCAGACACUGUUUUCCUGCAAGAACCACAAGAAAGCUAAAGCCAUCAAGCUGAUCUUUCUGGUGGUCGUCGUGUUUUUCCUCUUCUGGACACCCUACAACAUUAUGAUUUUCUUGGAAACUCUCAAACUCUAUGACUUCUUUCCCAGUUGUAACAUGAGGAGAGAUCUCAAGUUGGCCCUCCAAGUGACUGAGACGGUGGCAUUUAGCCAUUGUUGCCUCAAUCCCCUUAUCUAUGCGUUUGCUGGAGAGAAGUUCAGAAGAUACCUCUACCACCUAUACAGGAAAUGCCUGGCUGUCCUGUGUGGUCAUUCAGUCCACAUCAGUUUCCCCCCAUCUGAGUCGCAAAGGAGCAGGCGGGAAAGUGUUCUGAGCAGCAAUUUUACUCAGUACACGAGUGAUGGAGAUGCAUCUCUCCUUCUCUGAAGGGAUCCCCAAAGCCUUGUCUCUACAGAGAACCCAGAAUUCCUGAAUCUGACGCUGUUAAUGAGGGCAGAUUUUCAUUGUUGUUUCUUACAUGCAAGAAAUGAGGGACCCAAAACAACCUUGGAAUGUUUUUGAGACUUGGGCUCAAAAUUUGAAUGAAGGGUAGACAUGUCACUUGCGACGAAUGUCAGGACUUUUCUGUUUACAAAUGAUAAAAAUUCAACCCAGACUAGCUUUUAGUUGAAAAGAAAGUGGUGAGUACUGUUCACAUUGAGGUGUGGGCAAAGGGGUGGCUGAGUCCCCAGAGUGAGUGGAAACCAGGGCUUGAGUCAGGUGCAAUUUCCUUUCUCUGACCCUCAAAUAAUUGAGUAGUGACAGAUUGCCCAGAGUCACACAAUACAGCUUUAUCACCAGAGAGGGACUGACACCCACCCCUCUCUGAUCUCAAGGUCAAGGUGCAGUUCUGAUAAGACAGAACGAGAGCUGCACACCAUCCUUACCUUGUGCCUGACCCCCUCCCCUGAUCACACCAGUCAGCACCCACUGCCAGCCUUCUCUUCACCGAACCCCUUCUGUCAUGUCCCCAGACCUACAAAGGCUCCCCACUGCCUGCUGCAUCGAGUUCAAACUCAAAUGCCUGGCCUCUGAGACCCUCCAUCACAUGGUCCCAGAUUCCCCAUUGCCUCCCUCUUUCCAAGGACUCCACCCACCCUGUCAGACAGAUCUCUUCCAUAUGACCUCACGCAUCUCCACCUACCUGCUCCUGGGCCCAGGAGGAGAAAUAGAAAAACACCUAACCCAAAGUGAGAAGGGGUGGAUUCCAACCCCAACUCUGUCAUUUGCCCACUGGGUAGCUUGGGCCAAAUCAAGUUUCAGUUCCCUCAUCUGUAGAAGGGGGAUAAUGGUACUUUUUGCACAGGCAGCAUCCUUUCCAACAUGAAGAACCAGCCACCAACUUUUGCAGGCCUAACCCUCUUGUCUGGUUCCCAGACUUCAGUUUCCACUCACCUGGCAUUUAUGCGCCAUGCCCAAGUGGUGGUGCUGACAGAGCUUGGAGGUGUCUGCAGGCUUUUCUGCAUGACAUAGUAGCCCAGACACACAGGAGGCUCGUUCUUACAGUGGCACCCAAUGAACACUCCUAGAUCUACAGAUUGAUAGCCUUCUCUGACCCAACCCUCCCAAUCACCUGGUGGCAAGCCCCUACCCAUCUGGGAAAAAAACAUCAUUCAUGCCACUGCCAAACUGGAGAGCCAGGGCCAUGGGAGCAGCUUUCUUUUUUCAGUAAAUGUUUAGGAUGGUCUAAAACUUUAAAGUUUGAAAAACACUUAUAAUAAUGCUAAAGAAAAUGUCAUCCAUAAUCUAACCACACAAAUACUUUCAUUCCUGCAUUCACCCUUCCAGACCUUGUUCACUCUCUCACAUGUUUAAAGUUGCAAUCAUAAUGUACAGACAGGUUUGUAAUCUGCUUUUUUUUCUAUUAACAUUAUAUCCCAAAUAGCUCUCUGUUUCUGUGUAGUUUUGUAAUUAUCAUUUUGGAAGCCUCUACCAGAUUGUGCACUCUUUGAAGGCGGAUGUGGUAUCCAAUUCAUUUCUAUAUAUCACAUACCUUCUUGGCAGUCUGUAUGUUUGUUUAAUGAAUGGAAAAAUGAAUCAUAUUCCUUCAAGAUCAUGUACUAUAAUUUACUCACCAUUACUCU